AUGCGCGCCGGACUCCUUCCUUCGUUGACAGCGCUGGGUGCCGUCGCCAAUGCUUUGCCAGCUACCGACUGCGCCAACAACGCCAACACCGCCGCCAACGGCGAUGUCAUCAUCGACUCUUUCCAGCUCUACCCUGAGAGUGCCGAUUUCAACAAGGCCAAUGGCAAGACCUACAUGAGCGUACUGUAUAACGCCUCUGUUGCCGUUUACAACGCAGACCAGAACCGCAUCGAAGACAUCAUCACCUUUGAUCGCACAUUGCAGCCCGAGUUCCACGCAAGCGGCGUCGAGGUUGACCCCAAGCAGAAUCAGUUGUCAGUUGCCAUCAACGCUGGCAUCGCCUUUGAUACCCAGGGCGAGAAUGUUACCGGCGACAACUUCCUCUACAAGGUCGCCCUGAGCGGCAAGCCAGAGACACUGUGGAAAAUCAACCUCAACGAUGUGACAAAGGGAGCCUACUCGGGUUGCCAGGAUAUGGCGCACGACAACUGCGGCAACACCUUUGUUGUCUGCACGUAUCCCGGUGCCAUCGUCAAGGUCAACUCCAACGGCCAAGAGGCCAAACUCUGGUACCAGAGCAACUACACCAGGCCUGGUGAGAAGCCCAUCAAGGCCGGUCUCACCGGCAUUGUGGCCAGCGGCGACCUCUUCAUCGUCAAUGACGCGCAGGCCAACAAGCUGGUCAGCUUCAAAAAGCGCGAUGGUGAGGGAAAGCGCGUCGAGAUUCCCGUCAGCGGCUUGACCGGAGAGACCGGUGACGACGGCGUCUACCUGCCCGAGAAGUAUGGCGGCAAGGUUCUCCUGACUCAGCUCAGCGGCAAGGGAACCAAUGUGUUUGUGUCCAAGGACGGUUGGAAGUCGGCCGAGUUUGUCAAGCUCAUCCCCAGCAAGUACAUCAGCAAGCAGGGCUUUGCCGUGGCCACUGUCCAGAUCAAGGAGAGGAUCUACGGCGUCAUUGAGUACUUUAUGGAUGCCGCCAACAAGGUUCCAGGCACCGUCGCUGGCAACCGAACCCAGUUUGAGCUCGAGGACCUCACCACUCAAAUUGACGAGUUGGUCAAGGGCAAGAUUUAA